GAGCUUAAUUGAAAACAGCCCGAUGAGAUUCUCAAAUGCUCCUUCUACUAUCUCACCAUGGCUGCUCCGCUCCUGCAGAAAUCCCAAGUCCCUCUGCUCGCAGACCCAAAAUCGAGUCGUGAGUUCAGAAACAAUGAUUUCGGAGGAACCCGUCUCAGGAUCAGCUUUUCUGGAAGAACCUACUUCAGAGAUGGAAUCUCCAGAGAAACCAAACUCCCAAACUGAGAUUUUGGAGCAGCCCACUUCUGAAGAAUCCAAGUAUGCUCAAACUACCUCACCCUUUUCGCAAAUUCAGCGAGAUAAAGACGUCAGUCAGGAUCACGUAAUUGAAGUUCUUUUGAAUAACCAGCACGAUCCUAUGUUGGCUUUUAAAUAUUUCAAAUGGGCUGAGAAACAGAGAGGUUUCGCCCGAGGUGUCGAUCCUUUGUGCUUUCUGCUCCACAUCCUCGCACGGUCGAGGAGCCCUUGGGCUGCUCGACAUCAGCUGAACGAAUGGAUUUCUGGUAAUUCUAUCCCUAGCGCAAGUGUUAUGGUCGACCGCCUCAUUGAGAGCUCGAAAAGGUGUGAAUCACAUCCCCGUGUGUUUGGUUAUUUGUUGAAUAGUUAUUUACUAACUGGGAGGCUCGAAGAGGCAGUUGAAAGCUUCGAUAGAAUGACUGAGAACGGGGUUGUCCCUGGGACUGCAUAUAGGAAUAGUCUUCUGAAUGCUUUGGUUCGGGCGAAUAUGACUGAUAAAGCUCGAAAUUUGUAUUGGAAGAUGAUGGAAGAAGGAAUGGAAUGCGAUUGCUUCACUCUAGAUGUGAUGAUGCGUGCUUGUUUAAAAGAACGGAAUCCCCGGGAAGCGGAGGAGUGCUUUCGGAGAAUGAAAGCUAGAGGAUUUGAACUUGAUCCAGUCGCAUAUACAACUGCUAUUCGGGCUGUUUGUAAGAAACCUGAUUCCAAGGCUGCCUUUGAGUUGUUGAAGGAGAUGAAAGAUAUGGGCUGGGGUCCAUCUGAGAUCACAUAUUCCGACGUCAUUGGAGCUUGUAUGAAGCAGGGGAAUAUGGUGGAGGCGUUGAGAUUGAAGGAUGAAAUGGUAAAUGACGGCCUGCCUAUUAAUUUGGUGGUUGUGACAAGCCUGAUUAAGGGGUAUUGUGUACAAGGCAAUUUGGAUAGUGCUUUGGAUUUGUUCUCCAAGAUGGCUGAGGAUGGAAUCUGUCCAAACAAAGUCACAUUUGCAGUAGUCAUUGAAGGUUGCUGCAAGAAUGGAAAUAUGGAGAAGGCCCAUGAGCUUUAUACCCAAAUGAAACUUAUGGGUAUCCCCCUUAGUGUCUUUGUUGUCAACUCCUUGAUCAAGGGUUUCUUGAAAGCUCAAUUGUGGGAACAGGCAUCUAAGCUUUGUGAUGAAGCGGUUGAGAGUGGGGUAGCUAAUGCUGUCACUUACAAUAUUCUUAUACACUGGUUCUGCAAAGAUGGUCGGAUAGCUGAAGCUUGCAAUCUGUGGGACAAGAUGUUGACGAAGGGGGUGGAACCAAGCACAGUUUCUUACAACAAUCUGAUACUUGGCCACUGCAGGCGAGGGAACAUGGACUUAGCAUCUUCUGUUUUGUCAGAAAUGGUUCAAAGGGGUACCAAACCUAAUUUGGUCACCUAUUCGACUCUGAUGGAUGGGUAUUUCAAGAAAGGUGAGAUUGACCAAGCUUUCAGUGUUCAUGAACAAAUUUUGAGCUCAAGGAUUGCUCCAAAUGACUUCAUAUACAAUACAAUCAUAAAUGGUCUCUGCAAAGCUGGUCGGACAUUUGAGGCAACUGAAAUGUUGAAGAAAUUCAAGGAGGAGGGCUUUAUUCCCAUCUGUAUGACUUACAAUAGCAUUAUUGAUGGAUUCAUAAAAGAGGGUUCCAUGAACUCGGCAUUGACAACUUAUCGAGAAAUGUGUGAGAGUGGGGUAUCCCCUAAUGUUGUCACUUAUACAAGCUUGAUUGAUGGUUUCUGCAAAAGCAAUAAUAUCGAUCUUGCUUUGAAAAUUCAGAAUGAGAUGAAAACAAAGGGUCUAGAGUUAGAUAUUGCUGCAUAUAAUGCUCUUAUAGAUGGCUACAGUAAAAGAGGGGAUAUGAGACGUGCACACGAGAUUUUCACUGAACUCCUUGAAGUUGGUUUAAUUCCAAACACUGUUAUUUAUAAUAGUCUGAUUGGUGGGUUUAGAAAAUUAAAUAACAUGGAAGCAGCACUUGCCUUGCAUAAGAGAAUGUGUGAGGAGGGAAUUCCAUGUGAUUUAGCAACUUACACCACUUUGAUCGAUGGAUCUCUUAAAUCAGGCAAUAUAGUCUUUGCCUCAGAACUUUACACCGAGAUGCUAAAUAAGGGUAUUGUGCCUGAUGUUAUCACUUUCAGUGUUCUCGUACAUGGUCUUUGCAAUAAAGGGCAGCUGGAGGAUGCACGCAAAGUCUUGGAAGAGAUGGAUAGGAAGAAAAUGUCCCCUAAUGUUCUUAUAUAUAACACAUUGAUAGCUGGAUAUUUCAAGGAAGGAAAUCUACAGGAAGCUUUUAGGUUGCACGAUGAAAUGCUAGACAGAGGCCUUACACCUGAUGAUACAACAUAUGAUAUCCUUGUAAAUUCAAGAUUUCAAGGUAACGUCCCCCUUACUGUUGCAUAAGGUUCCUUAGAACAACUUUUCAAAUCAUUACAAAUUGUUCGCAGCAUCAAGUUUACUUAUUAUGAUAUGCAUAAAAUACCACAGAACCUUGUGGUAUAUCUUCGCUUGCCAACUGCAGCUACAAAAUGGGUGAGGAGGUACUCCUGUAUGAAGUUUUAUUCUUCAAGAAUAGAUGUGAAAAAGCAGAAACGGGGGAUGGAUGCUGGAUUGAUAUUUUAUCGAGCACCAAUAGAGCAAAGGGGUUGGUGUUUAUCCGUAUAAGACUGUUUCCAAUCAGCCAUGCUCAUCAUCUAAACCAUCUACACGCAUGACCAGUGUACAUAUAUCAAGCUAUUGAGGCAAAUGAUCUAACAAUAAAUAAAUAACCACAGUUGAUGAUG